AUGCUUCUUCGACGACUCAAGCCACUUUUGGCCCUGGCCUUAGUGGGUGCAGUAGCUGGUGCAAAGCUAGUUACGCGGCUUGCUUCGUGUCCCGAAGGUAAGGUAGUCAUUCAGACGCAGCCCAUCGUGAUCGUUGAUGGGUCGUCCACUUUGUAUGAGACUUUUACAACCACGUUCAUGAUCCCAAACGAUGCUGCUUAUACCAGCAUCACCAUCCACGGUGAUAGAAAUGCAACGAUAUUCACCAUUCCGCCCACUGGCUUCCGAGGGACAUCGCCCGUCGUCACAGUCAUUAUCAUGACGACCAUCCCUACUGGUGCUCAAAUUGACCAUUCAACGAGCGAACGUGAUGGUAUGACUCUACCACCUGUUUAUCCAGGCGGAUCAUCGAUCGUGGCUAAUGGUCGACCAGAAAAUGAAUCUAGUAAUGGCGAUAGAACUCAAGACCCGGCCACGCAGCUCCUUCAGUCUCUUGACCCGCAAGCAACCUUGACAGUCCCGGGAGUCAAGGAUCCUCACAGCUCCUCUCUCAUGACGAUGACUUCAUCCCCUCCUGGAGAUGCAAGUUCUACUAUAUCAAACGGAUCACCAGAAGCCGAAAGCCUUAUCUCAUCAACAGCGACAGGAAAAGCCUUCUCAAGUCAGCCAGGAACUACUACUACAAGACGGUCGAACACAGACAUCAACACGUCUCUGACAGCCUCCACUAUUAUUGCGCAGCUUCCAUCGGAAUUCACAUACUCACAGGCUCAGAGUACGUGGAGCAAUACACAUACGACAUGGCUUACACAUAUCACCUUCGUGACUAUGACCUCUACUGCAGCAGUAUCCAAGACUCCCACUUACAUAGCAGUACCUUCAGGGACAGAUAGUGUUGGGACAGUGGUCGUUGAGGUUUCUAAAACUACUACACAUACCAAUCCUACAUCAGCUCAGUCUGCAGGAUCGGGGAUUGCAUCCAUGCCGUCGUCAGCAAGCAUUCUCAGUGAUUCCCCUACUACUAUUUCUACGAGGCCUCCUGUUGCAGUGACAACUGGCACAGGUCGCACUGGCACUGGCACUGAUAACACCGCUACUGCCGAUACAGAUACUCCUUCCCAAAAUACUCGAACAGACUCCGUGUCUUCUGAGCUAUCUGUCUUGCCAGUUUCUUUCGUGACACCAAAGAAUCACUUCCCUUUAGUCUCUUCAUGGGCGCCUUCAGCCUCUAUCUCCCCGCCUUCUAUUACAGAGACUGCCAUGGACAGUGGUAGUACUACCAUCAGCAGCAACAGAAUAGAGACUUCAACAAAAGUUUCCCUACCAAGCUCUUUGUCUGCCAAGUCAUCCGCCUUGUCAAGUUCAUCCCUCUCCUUGAAUACCACUGCUUCAAUCGAAGGCAGUAAGAGUACCAUUAUCAGCACGAAGGCUUCAACGCUGGCCUCUCAAGGAGGCUCUUCGUCUUCCGAUAUAUCUACCAUUUCAAGUUCCUCCCCGUCUUCGAAGACUACCGGUACAACUGAAGGCGAUACCUCAACACAGGAUGCUACAAAUACUGAUGGUAGUAACACAAUCAGCACGGAUACCCGAGCCGACGCUUCUGACACAAAAAGUGUACCUGCCUCUUUAGGUUCUUUCCAGUAUGCCAGUAUUAGCAGUUCAACCUCAGGCUCUAUCUCAACGCUAUAUGCUACAGUGACUAUUUCAGACACUAUUGGGACCACCAUAAUCAGCAUAAAGGCUUCUGAAUCAACUACUGUCUCCUUGAUGUCUUUCUUCUCUGACACCAGUCUCCUUUCCAUCACUUCUGUUUCAGCUACAGGCUAUACCUCGCCUCUUCACAGUACGGAAUCUGUUACAGACAGCCACAGUGGAAUGUCAACUAGCACGGCGACAUCAUCUGAGUCUUCCAUCAGCUCAAGUUGGCUUGUCGAAGUGUCAAUAAGUGUCAACAGUGGUACCACGAGUGCAAGUCCCAUUGGAUCUUUGGUAACGGAAGCGACCAACACGGAUACUGAGGGUACUACUGCGUAUACUACCGACACCUCCUCGGAGCUUGGGCCGAGUGGUUCCGUCAUCGUUCAGCAACUUGCCCAGUCUGUCCCUGGUACAACAAACACCGUUUCCGCUACUGAUAAUACCACUGAAGUCUCUUGGCAGACAUCCUCUGAGUCUGGCCCGAUGAGAACAUUAUCUGCGACAUCAACUGUUACAUUAUCUUUCUAUUCGACUACAGGAACUUUAGAUACCUCGACAAGCAGUAUAAUUGACUACGUGUCUACCUCUGAUACCACUAUCACUCUUUCGUCACAGACAUCAUCUUCCUUUUUAACUUCAGCAACCUCAGAUAUCUCGACAAGUAUCACUGAUUACGCGUCUGCCUCUGAUGCCACGAUCAUAGUGUCUACACAGACAUCUGGGUCUAGCAUAAGUAGAGUGGUAGCCAACCAACGACUAGUUCAGUCUUCUCCAUACACACAAUCCACCACAUCAGGCCCUGACAGUACUACUGCGGUCUCUACGAAGAAUUCGCCUGAGCCUGAUACUACAGAAACCUCAUCAGUUACCUUAUUUGUUUCUUCUACUCCAGGCACUAAGAGCACCAAUGCGAUCUCUACGCAGAAUUCGUCUAGGCCUGACACAACAGAAGCCACAUUAGUUACUUUAUCUAUUUCUUCCACUCCAGGCACCGAUUACAUUGCUGCGGUCUCUAUGCAGAUUUCUUCUAGGCCCAGUACCACAGAAGACACAUCAGCUACCUUACCUGCCUCGUCUUCUUCACCAAGCUCGGACGCCUAUAUGAGCAUUAUGGGCUCUUCCGAUUCCGUCUCAUACUUGAUAAUCACUACCACCGGAACCGGGACUGAUACUGUCACUAUCACGCAGAUCCAAUCAGGGUCAGGUUCUUUUAGUGCAGUUUUGAUCAAGCUGCUGGAUCGAACGUCGCCAUACAUCAUCACUUCAUCUUCUGAUAAGACACCUAUGGCUACAACUAUAGUUAGUGUAAUGCCUGUUGCCUAUACGCCUUCUGAUGUAACUAUCUCCCUGGAUAGAACAACGUCAUCCGAUGGAUCUACUUCUUCUGAUGGAACAGCUCCGUCUCUAACUAAUACACUUUCUCUCGGAGCCGUAUCUUCUGAUGGAACUGUAUAUUCUGGUGGUAUUACAUCUACUGAUAGUCCAGUUACAUCUGAGUCUAUAACUACAAUGUUGCCUCUUGGAAGUACAUCUUCCAAUGGCUAUACCUCCCCUGACGAGACCAAAACGACCCUUUCUAUUGCAUCUUCUGAUGGUUUUACCUUCCCUGAUGGAGCAACUUUCACUACGACCCUCACUACCAUAUCAACUGAUGAGCCCAUAUCUUAUAAUGGGCUUAUAUCUUCUGAUGACAAUAAGUCUUCUGCUGCUACGUCGUCCGGCCAAUCUACAUCUUCUGGCGGGUCUAUAUCUUCGGAAUAUAUGUCUUCUGCUACAUCAUUAUCUGAUACCUCAAUAUCUUCUGAUGACUAUACGUCUUUUGCUACCACAUCGUCUGACGAAUCUACAUAUCUGGAUGGAUCUACAUCUUCCGGCGGGCCUGUAUCCUCUGAAGAAUAUACGUCCUUUGCUAUAUCAUUAUCUAAUACCUCGACAUCUUAUGAUACUGCAACGUCUUCUGAUACCUCGAACUCUUUCCAUGGAUCUACAGGUUUGGUUAGGAUAGAUUCAACUUCACCAACCACUACCACAUCCUCUAUCGACACUACAUUCUCUCGUGAAGCAGCUACAACUGCAUAUACAGCUACAAUGUCGCCAUCCCGAUCUGUUCAGGGAUCCCAUACUCCCUUUCAGCAGUAUCAAUGGGCCAACACCACCUCUUACGAUAUAACAACUACUACUACAUUUACCACUUCGACAAGUGCAACCUCACCAGGCCAAACAGACACUGUCACCGCCUGUGAGUCAUGCCAGUGGUCUGCAUCCACAAGUACUAUAUCGAGCUCGGCUACAGGGGAUACGGGAAGUGUUGUUAUCUAUCAACCAGAUCCAUCGACUAGUCAACCAUCUCCCGAUACGACCAACGCCGACGUAUCUAGAACAAUGGCAGACACAAACACAAAAACGGACACGUCUACAUCUAAUUCGCCUUCUAGUAUCGGCAACAUUAUCCUGAAUCAGCUAGAUCAAUCCACUAUUCAAUCAUUUCUUGAUACAACGAAUACCAAUACAUCUGCAGCAAAUACAGACAUGACUACAUCGACAGAUUCGACUUCUAGUGAGGGUAGUGUUGUUGUCUAUCAGCCAGCUCACUCAACUAGUCAAUCAUCCUCUGAUACGAUGGCCACCAACACACCAACAAACAUAGACUUGUCUACAUACACAGUCUUACCUCCAAGUUCGGAUAGUGUUAUUGUCAACCAGCCAAACGAAUCGACUAGAGAAACAUUAUCUGAUACAACGACCACUGACACAUCUACAGCAGACACAGACAUAGACACGUCUGCAUCCACAGCUUUGCCUUCCACUGUGGGCAGCGUUCGUUCCGAUAAGCCAUACCUGUGGGUGACUGUCACUUCAUUUGACGCAACAAUCACAGCCACAGCUACAAGCACUAUUAUUCCGCCUUUUGCAGGACCGACAGGGGCUGUCGAUAUCAAUAACUCAGAUCCAUCAACCACUGAAACGUCUUCUGGCGGAACAAGCACCGACGUUUCUACAGCCACAUUGGCGCCCUCGACAUCCACUUAUGUAGACAAUGUUGCUAUCAAUCAGCUGUAUCAGUGGGUGACCGUCACCUCAUACGAUGCAACAGUUACAGCCGUGGCUACAAGCACUUUUAUGCCUUCUCUCGGAGAACAGACGUGCACUAUCAUUGUGUAUGAGCCGGAACAUUGGGUGACCAUCACCACUUAUGCCGCCGUUACUUCUGCAUCUACAGCCACUCUAUCCCCGUCUCUGGCGGGACAGGUAGUAACUGUUGUUGUCUAUGAGCCACAGCCAUACGAGACUAUCACGUCAUUUGGAGAUGUCACGGCUGCAUCCACCACCACCAUACCUCAGUCUGUUUUAGGGGAAACUGUGACCGUAGUGGUCAUUGAGCCGCAGUCAUACGUGACAAUCACUCGAUAUGGAAGUGUCACAACAUCGACUAUGACAACAGACAGUCCAACUGGACUCCAGAACGUUGUGACCGUCAUUGUUGAUCUCCCUCAGUUAUAUACAACUGUCACUAGCUAUGGUUCUUUCUCUAUACCUACGACUACAACAUAUCCACCUUUCAAUGCAGGAGAUGUCAUGACAGUGGAGGUGGAUCUCCCUCAGCUGUAUACAACUGUGACCAGCUAUGGCUCGAUUUCCACGCCUAGCACAACGGUCUACCCGGUCUCCCAUGACGGAGACGUUAUUACUGUAUUAGUUAUUCUACAACAACUGUAUACUACUGUUACCAGCUAUGGAUCUUUCUCUACACCCACGACUACGACAUAUCCUGCAUCUAGUGCAGGGGAUAUUAUGACUGUGGAGGUCAAUCUCCCUCAACUCUUCACAACUGUCACAAACUAUGGUGCCUUCUCUGCACCUAGCACAACAACGUACCCAGUCUCUGUCACAGGCGAAAUCAUAACCAUAGAGGUCAACCUGCCACAACUCUAUACAACAGUCACAAGCUAUGGUACUUUCACUUCACCUGGAACUAAUACACACCCAAUCUCUGUUGUAGGUGAAGUCAUCACUGUUGAGGUUGAUCUACCGCAGUUAUACACGACAGUCACAAACUACGUUCCAGGUAUCACAGCCCCUGCUGCAACAACCCUGCUGGAAUCUGCUCCUGGCGAUGCCAUUACUGUGCUUCUUGCUCUUCCGCAGUCCUAUACGACUGUCACGACCUAUGUUGAUAGCCUGACUACACGUUCAACUACGACAUAUCAACCUUCUCUUGAUUGGGACUUUGUUACUGUCAUGGUCAAGAUCCCUCAGGCGUACACUACUGUUACUAGUUAUGGUUCUUUUGCUUCUCCGUUGACAACGAAGUUGCAGCCGUCGGCUCCAGGGGACGUUUGCACGGUGUUAGUCGAUUUUCCUAUCUCAUAUUCAACACUCACUAGCUAUGGCUCCUUUACUCAGCCUAUGACCACCACUUUGGCACCCAACGAUGGCUUAGCUACUGUUGUUGUUGGACUUCCUCAACCAUAUACAACCAUUACUAGCUAUGGUAUAUAUACAGCUGCCGCAACUACGACACUGGAACCCUCAGUGCCUGGGAGCGAUGCUACUGUUGUUGUUCAGGUGCCACAGUCGUAUACAACUCUGACUAGCUUUGGCGAUUUCGCAGGACUCUCGACCACAACACUAGAUCCCUUAGUACCAGGUCCUGUGGCUACUGUUAUCGUCCAAGCUCCGCAACCAUAUACGACUGUCACAAGUUAUGGUCCUUUUACAGUAGAGAAAACUAUAACGAUAGAACCCUCUGUACCGGGAGGUCUUGCUACUGUUAUUGCCGAGGUUCCGCAGUCAUAUACAACUGUGACUACCUAUGGCACUGUCACCGCCCUUCAGACUUCAACACUACAACAAGCGGUGCCUGGCACUCUUGCUACUGUUAUUGUUCAGGCCCCGCAGCCAUAUACAACCGUUACUAGCUAUGCGUUCAUCUCAGGAGCCGUAACUACAACCUUGCCCCCGGCGUCUCAGGAUAUUGUCGCUACUGUUCUCAUCCAGCUACCGCAGCCAUGUACUACUGUAACUACUUAUGGGUCUUUCACUGCCCCUAUAACUACCACUCUAGCACCUUCUGCCCCUGGAACCUUGGCUACUGUUCUUGUUGGACUCCCCCAACUAUACACAACCGUCACCAAUUACGGGUUUAUCACCGCACCAGUCACUGCUACCUUACCACCCGCCUCACAAGGCGGUGUUGCUACUGUUUCUAUCCAAGUCCCUCUGUCUUAUACAACUACAACGACUUACGGAGCCUUUACAGCUGCUGCAAUUACGACUAUGACCCCUGCCUCUCAAGACGGUGUAGCUACUGUUGUCGUUCAAGUUCCCCAGUCUUAUACGACUCUAACUACUUACGGUUCUUUCUCCAAUAGAGCAACUGCAACCUUAGCACCAGCCUCGCAGGGGGAUUCUGGCACCGUGAUAAUACAAGUUCCGCAGCCAUACACGACUAUUUUCAAGUACGGUUCCUACACGACAGGGGCAACCACCACCAUGGCGCCAGCAUCUCAAGGUGAUCCUGCUACUGUCUUUGUUCAAGUCGCCGAGUCGUAUACAACGGUAACGAGCUAUUCCACUGGAUUCUCAGGGUCAAGCACAUCCACGGGUCCAGUACCAACUGACGGCUCACCUGCGACUGUAUGUAUUGUGCUUCCUGCCGUCGGCACACAAGUCGCCGACCAGACAUGCGACAAUACAGGCUUGGAAUACGCCAUCUACGCUCACAAUUACUUAAAUUCUGACGCUCCAAAUUUUUCAUCUUUCAAUGCCGAAUCGUUCCAGAGCAAGCUGCCGAGUUACACUGGUAUUACAGACCGAAUCGGCAUUCAGGAGGUUGGAGGAGGGACGUCCGGAAAUCCGCUUGCCCCCCAGAGUAUUUAUCCCCUCUCGCCUAUUCAGAAUUGGCAGUACAAAGCAGUCAAUCAUCGAGCAUUCUUAUACGCACCCAUCAGCGGGGAGUAUUCUAUCAUAGUUCCAUACUCCGAUGAGAUCACAUUGGUCUGGUUCGGUAACAAGGCUAUGACUUCAUGGACGCGCAGUAAUGCGGAUUUGGAGCAGGGUUUUUCGUGGGGACCUUCAGCCUCGAAGACUUACAAGAUUCAGCUCACGGCGGGUACUUAUACCCCGUUUCGUCUGUUGUGGGCUAAUGCCCAGGGGGACUAUGCCAUGAUCGUCACUGUUACAGCGCCCGAUGGAACUGUCAUUGUUAAUGGAUCUGGGUCGAAGAACGACUACUUUGUUAGAUUCACCUGUGACCAUCUCAACCUUUCAUUCCCUAGUUUUGGAAGUGGUGGUUAG